GUACCAUGGGAAGUGAGGAACCCAGCAAAUGCUUGCUUGCGGCCUCUGAGAGUGAAGUUGAUUCAGCGACGUCACUUGCCUUAGAGAUGAAAUAUGCACUGGAUCCCAAUCGGCAGAUCAAGAAAAGAAACAAAGCCCUGCAGGUGAGAUUCAAAGACAUCUGCGAGGCCCAGAAUGAACAAAGGGACAAACAGCUCUCUCUCUUACAGCAGACUGACAGAAAGGAGGCAAAACCCAUUUCUUACAGAGCAGCUUACCGGAAAUACAUGACAGUGCCUGCCCGAAGAUCAAUCCCUAAUGUUACUAAAAGUACAGGAGUUCAGACUUCACCUGAACUUAAAAAGUGUUACCAGACGUUCCCUUUGGACCGGAAGAAGGGAAGUAUAAUCAAAAGCAUAGCUUCAGUUGACACUUUUCCGAGUCAAAACAAUGGAUUCUUAAUCGAUGUUAAAGAGAAAGACAGCAAAAUCUCAGGAGAGGCUGUUCAGUGUAGCAAGAAAGCUACUGGAUUUGUGACAGCUGAAUUUAUUUCACAUACUAAUGAACGCACCAAUGCAGUAGAGCUGCCUUCUGGGGACAACUGUUGGGAGACAUGUGUAAGCACUGAUUUGCACAGCUGUAGUAAAGAACCUCCUCCUCUCCAGAACUCAGCAGCUUCGGUUUUAGAAGAGCCUGAUUACCAGCUGCAUGACAAAGCAAAACACCACACUGGGCCAUUGAGGAACGAGGACGCUAAUCCAGCCAGCCAAGGAAAAGGGCUCAAGACAGAAGUAGCUUCUGUCUGCUUGCCUGCAUCUGGUUCACACACCUCACAGGCUGACCAGCAACAUUCUGCAGCAGCAGGGAAUGACUGGUCCCUGUGUCCAGCCGAGGAGGAGGAGAACAGAAGCAGAACUCUGCGUCUUAAUGGUCUGCAGUCACAAGCUGUAAGUGCAGCUCAGGCCUGUUCAACACAGGCACAAUGCCAGUCUGCCAAAUGUAACGAACAGACCCUUCAGGUAAAUAUUUCACAUAUGGAAGGAAAACAGCCUUGUCAGACAGCAGUUGCUGUGAGUGAAGGAUGUCAACAAAUUGUGCCUCACACAGAAGUGGUAGAUUUGAAAGCACAGCUACAGAUGAUGGAGAACUUGAUCAGCUCAAGUCAGGAAACCAUAAAGGUCUUGCUGGGUGUUAUUCAAGAGUUGGAAAAAGGAGAAGCUCAUAGAGAAGGAUAUUGUUCCAAGGGGAAAAACUUUAUGUCGAAAUCGGACCUUGACUAUGUAAUGAAAGCUUCUUCUCAUUUGUUGAGACUUGACCCAUUAAAACUUUCAUAUCGGACUGGUCAAGACACAUCCAAUUGUGACACCUGUAGGAACAGUGCGUGUAUAAUCUAUAGUGUGGAAUUAGAUUUUAAGCAGCAAGAAGACAAACUUCAGCCAGUUCUGAGAAAACUUCAUCCUAUUGAGGAAACUCAGGUUGCACCUUUGCCUUAUUCUCAGGAGAGUUACUCCUCAACUCCCAAGCAAAAAUCCAAAACUGAAUCAAAAAAGCAUGGAAGAUGGAAACUUUGGUUUCUUUAACUAAGUCCGUAAUAUAUGGAAUUAAAGGUCGCCUUCAUUAUUUUUUAAAAAAAAACUACAUCCACAUGAACUUGUGGAGUUUUAAAAAGAGGAUCCUAGUAAUUUGAACAGGUGACUGUCAGCAAGUGUUACUCUGACAAUAUUAAGAAAGCAUUCUUUCUCACCAUAUGUACCAAAAAGGCCUUUGUACCUAUGAAUGAACUUUCAGGAGUAAGGCAUUCAAAUUGCAUACCUUGCCAACUUUUUAUUUCAAUUUCACCAGUGUGGGAUGUUAAAGAAUUUUUAAAACCAGGAUAGAAAUUCAUGUUAGCAAAAGGCAAAAAUAUAAUUACUUGCCCACAGUUCCUUUGAUUGUUAAAAAUAACAUUUUAAUGUUAUAUUGCAACUUUAUUCACACCAGAGUGGGUAUCAGUCCAGUUUUUGUUUUCAUUCUUUGGUUUCUUUCUUGUAAAAGAAAGAGCAGAACCUUUCCCCCUGAAGGCCUUCACUGUAUAUUUAAUUUUUCACAUAUGCUGGGGUGGGUAGUACCAUUUUCAGCACAUAGAUAUCCUGAGGAAAGCACAAUAUUUUCAAAUGGUUUGAGACCAUGAAUAACCUUUAAGAUGUGAUUAUGUGUAUACUUGCCUUUCUGUGCUGUAGCAUUAUGCCAAGUGAUUGCACCUCAGUGAAAUGCUGGCACCUUUAAUUUACUGUCAUUUUCAUCACACGACCUACUGCUCACUUUGGAUGGUGAGCAGUCAAAAGCCACCUAAAGUCAGGGCAUGCCUUUAAUUACUGACAGUUGACAGGGUCAAAGCUAAGGACACUAAGCUCUCUUAGAUGUUAUUUUUAAUCUGUUGGUACCCAACAGCUAAAACUGUAUGUUCUGGCACCAUAUUUGGAAUGGGGGAAAGAGAAGGGAAGACAUGCAUAAUAGUAAGUAACAGAUCAUUGGCAGCUGCCACAAUUUAAUACACUUUUGUAAUUUAGUCUCGAGAAAACACUAUACUCUCUUGACACACUGUGCCAGAAAUUUUAUAAUGUAUUGUGUUGUGCUUUAUAAAAGUUCACAAGAGCCUGGCAGUUUUGCACAUCAAAGGAAGACACUGAACCAUCCUAAUCCUUCUAUUAAAAUAGUGUUAGCAAAUGAGAACAUGAAUGAAAAUGAUGUGCAAUUAACAGUUUAAGAGUAGUUACACAUAUUGAACAAAUACUCUACUAGUUAUUUCUAGACACUUAAUUCCCAUCAGUUUCAAAGGCAGGGGAUCAAGCACAUAGUUAA